CAGGGGGAGCCCCAGCGCCAGAGCUUCCUCCUCGGAAUCCCCGGGGACCGUCACCUGGCAACCGCGGCCGGGCUCGCAAACAAGCCGCGAGGAGCGCUGCUGUGCCCGGCGCAGGAUGCCGCCCACCCGGGACCCCUUCCCCUACCCCCGCUACGAGAACGAGGACACCUUCACGGGCCGGGCCAGGUCGGGCCAGACAGGCCCUUAUGCUGAGCCCACCCACCUGGCCCAGCAGCAGGACCCCUGGAAUCGCCUGCACAGAACACCCACCCUGUCCAGCACCAGAAAGGAAGUCUGGUAUACAGAACCUGAGGUUCCCAGAGAUAGCCUGGAUUUUAAGCUGACUUCACUCUACAACCACCACAAGGAGCAGCUCAGAGACAAGAGCCAGAUUGUCAUCCACAAGGAGACCCUCUUGGAUGUCCAUGGAGCACUGAAGGGUCUCGAGCCUGUGAAGGAACCCGAGCUGCCCCCAGUGGAGCACCGUACAGCCAGGGGCCUGUCUAUGAGAUGCUGGGUCAGCCCCACAAAGGAGUCGAUCCACAGCAUUGAGGGAGCCAUCGAGUGUCCCCACACAGCUGCCACCAACAGUGGAUACUCCCGCAAGGAGAACGGCAGCUUCUUCUCUCAGUAAGGAGUUUGCUGGCUUGUGCCCUUGCUGUGCGGCUCUGGACCCACUUCCAACUUGAGUGAACCUUCUUCUGUCUGCUCUGUGUGCAUUAAACCCCUUCUGGUCAGCAAAGCUCGUCCAGAAAAACAGCCAUGAACAGGGAGAGAUUUUAAUUUAAUUUCAA